AUGGCUGCCAAACUGCGUGGCCUGUAUCAGGCACAAAAGCCCGAGAUUAAGAUCACUUUGAGUCACAAGCAAAAACUAUACACCACUUUGGACAGGGUAGAAGGCAAAGUGAUCAUUGUCACCCCUGUCGACGUUCCGUUCGAUGAAGUUGAGAUCGACUUCAUCGGCACUUCACGAACUUAUGUGGAACGAGUGUCGACAGCAGCUACCAUGUCAGGUCGUUCGGAAGCGUUCCAUCAGUUCUUGAAACUGCAACAACCUCGCCUGGAUCGCCUGUAUCCCACAGGAGGCGUGUUCAAAGCCGGUCAGGCAUAUGAAUUUCCGUUCCUCUUUGUCGUCCCUCCACAAUUGCUACCAAAGGUCUGUCAGCACAAGGUCGCUACUCCUGAACUCCAAGAGGCUCAUCUCCAGCUUCCUCCUUCUUUUGGCGACAAAGAGGUGAUAGGCAAAGGUGAAGCGGUCGACGACAUGGUGCCCGACAUGGCAAGCAUUCGUUACGGCGUCUUUGCUCGCAUCACGAAGAAGAAGGAGCAAGGUGGCGAAACAACCAAGACAUCAGUAGCCACAAGAGCUCACCGUAUUCGUGUGAUGCCUGCGGUCUUGGAGCAGCCUCCGCUUGAUGUACAGCGCGACAGCGAACAUUACGUUUUGCGGAAGGAGAAGACGAUCAAGAAAGGUCUGCUCAAGGGCAAAUUAGGGACCUUAGUGAUGGAGGCAACCCAGCCUCCUUCGCUUCGACUUUCUGCGCGCAGUCGAUCUGAGGGUCAACCCACCACGAUGGCCACUAUCAUGUUGCGCUUUGAUCCCGCUGAUGCAUGCUCUAAACCCCCACGGCUUGGAAGUCUCUCCAACAAAUUGAAAGUGUACACAUACUAUGCGAGCACAGCGCGCGUCGACUAUCCUCGCAAGAGCUCUGCGGGUAUUGAUCUCUCACAAGGUCUCUACAGCGACCAAGUCAGCCUCUCGGCACGGUGCGUGGCCAAUGCGGAAUGGCAAAAGCACGAUCCCACACGUCCGACAAAUUUCGAGCGCCGUGACUCGACAUUGUCCAUGUCGUCGGUCGUCGCCUCGAACGACAUCCCCGCACCGAGCACCACGUACGAGAAUGGACGGUCAUACUACACCACCAAGCUUCUCGUACCAAUAACGCUCCCCGACACAAAGAGUUUCGUACCUUCGUUCCAUUCGUGCUUGGUCAGCCGUAUGUACAUUCUGAAGAUGGAGCUCGGUCUCAGCAGCGCUGGCAUGGGUAGCGGUCUCAUGCUGCGAGUACCUUUCCAGAUCUCCUGUGGUGGCGUCCACGGUGAUGUGGGCCAACGGCAAGCAUCAGUCGUUUCGACCAUAUCGACCGAAGGCGAGGAAGAUGCUGGCGCUGAUGAAGAUCUACCCGACUUUUUUGAGCCACGGACCAUCCGUGCACCCUCUGAAGAACAUGUCGGACGAAGCCGGAUCGGCAGCCAAGCACCUGUGGACGCCGCACCUCCAGGUUAUUCGAUCGUCUCGCCUGCCAUCAGCUAA